CACACACGUCAAUGAUUGCUAUAUUAUAUUUUUCUCAUGUGAUCUGAGAAAAUAGACCAUCCCAAAACCAUACAGAUAUAUUUAUAUAUGGCUCUGGGUCCAUCAUCCACACGCCUGCUCACUCUCUGCAGAGGAAUCAGGUCUGAUUUAUGAGAGAAAGUGAGAGAGAGAGAUUUACCGUUGUGUAUGCAAGAUUUAACAAACCGGGCAGUAGAUGAAAGAAAUAUUCGCGUGCCAGCGUGUCUCCUGGGACUCGCGGAAGAACACGCUUGUCAGUAGGAUCCUCUCGUGCUAUGCAGGCUGAACGGUAAACUGCCAAACCCUGGAGACAGACGACAAGAUAUCUCCUCCUCCUCCUCCUCCUCCUCCCUUCCUCUUCUUUAUCCCUUUACCUCUCCCCUCCUUUCUGUCUGUGAACUGGUGAACGUGUACGGCUAGUGGGCGCUGACCGUGGUUCUGAAACGCCCAACGGGAGCAACAGCUGUCUCCUCCUCUCUCUCUUCUUCCCACUCUCCUCUUUUCCUUCCGUUUACAUUCUCUCAAAAAUACACAACAGCUGUUUCAACCCGGCUUAGAAGCAACAUCACGGAUGUUAACAUCAUUCACCGUCGGAUAUCGAGCUGUGCUGUUGUCCACAGCGGACCACUGACCGGAAUCGAUUCAUAACCAUCAACAGAUGUGGGUGAGGGAAUUGUUUGCAAUGUGAUCUAGUGGCGAAGGAGGAGGAGAGAGAGAGAGAGAGAGAGAGAGAGGGGGGGGGGAACAUGCCUGCUGAUGGUGCUGUCUCAUUGAGCCUCGUUACCCUUCUGCUGUCCAGCUGGAACAUGGUGGAAGCGACAGUGCCGGUGGCUCCGGUCAACGUAUCGGUAAGUCAGCUGAGAUCAGACUCUGCCAUCAUCACCUGGAGUGUACCACAGGGAGACACUGUCAUCGGAUACGUCAUCUCACAACAG